UGCAGGACCCAUCGCAGCUGAUGACGAAGGAGGUGGAUGCCUUAGAGCAAUGGCUUCAGGUGAACGCUGGUGAUUGGACGGGGCGCAAGUCUACCACAGAAUGCAAAUACAGAAAGAAGCUCGAUGAGCUGGUGGUCCAGCAGCCAGAUGGCACUGUGGGUCUCUCCAUUCGCUUCCGCACAGCCGCAGAGGAGAUGGCCGUGCAGGUCCUGAAAAAGGUUUCGGAUCUCGCGGAGGCUUUGGCCCAGCAGCUCCAGGACUUCACCUCCGACGCCGCGACCAGCGCGACCAGCGCGACCAGCGUGGCGCUGGCGCUGGGCCCGGGUCGAGAAGCAGGGAAGAUCAGGUUCCAGGAGGACGAGAUACCCAUCAGCGGAAUGCACAUGGUCAAGUUGCGACAGCUCUACGAGGUUCACAAUGGCGGCCAGGUCUCUGAGGAGGCCUUUCGGCAUCGCAUGUAUUGCAUGCUGCGACGCUACGUGACCUUCAUUGGUUUAGACCCCGCGCAGCAAGGCAGCCAAGGUGGGAAUAUGCACGCCGCCGCGCCGGAGUCAGUCUUUGCUUGGCUCCGGGACCACAUGGGCGUGACCUGCGAGCUCUUCGCAUCGCCUCUGAACUGCUACUUUGCGCAGUAUUACUCUGCCUUCCCAGACGUGGACGCCUUCUUUGGCUCAAGAGGCUCCUUCUUCGACGUGGACGAUCUGCCGGAAGGCUCCUAUGAAGUGGGCCCUCCCUACACCGAGGAGGUCAUGGAGUUGAUGGCCCGGAAACUUCUGAGACACUUGCAGAGUUCCGAAGCGCAGCGGCGGGCGCUAAGUUUCGUGGUCUUCGUUCCUCACUGGGGUGAUGACUGCACGGCGCUGAGCCUAAUGGGCGGUGGGGACUUUGAAGCUUUCCGCCCAUCGCCCUGCAAGAGCAGUGAGAGCCCCUACCUGUUGGCACGUGGCCGUGAACAUCACUACAUCUCUGGAGUACAGUUCUUUCACGAUUCCGGUGCCGACGCGCGUAGGCGUUAUUAUGAUGUGCCCCAUGGCACUCGCAUCUACGUGCUGCAGACGUCAUCUGGUGCGUCAAAGUGGCCAUUCGAUGAGGCAGCCGCAAGGGCUUUGCUCGACAAGCUGAGCCCGGCAGAACAGCAAAAAUCAUGGGCUGCACGGUGGAACGUGCUGAUGCCAUGUGGAAAUGUCCGGCCACCGCUAACCAACCCUUUGGCUAUCCUUUUUACCUUGAACCCAGGUUGCAGCAGUCAACCGUAUGCCUUGUUGUUUCUUUAGGAACUCACGUGAAG